UUUUAUUCCAUCCCCUUCUUUUCAGCUUCAGCAGCACUCACUGCGCUAACCCCUUCUCUCUCUCUCUCUCUGCUCGGUUCUCCGAUCGCCGUCUUCGCCUUGCCCAUUCCUGAUCAAUAUGUCUAGAAGAUAUGAUAGCCGUACAACAAUCUUCUCCCCCGAAGGACGUCUUUACCAAGUGGAGUAUGCAAUGGAGGCCAUUGGGAAUGCUGGAACUGCAAUAGGGAUCUUGUCAAAAGAUGGGGUAGUUCUGGUUGGUGAAAAGAAGGUCACAUCCAAGCUGCUGCAAACCUCAACCUCCACUGAGAAAAUGUACAAGAUUGAUGAUCAUGUUGCAUGUGCUGUGGCUGGAAUUAUGUCUGAUGCCAACAUCUUAAUCAAUACUGCUAGAGUUCAGGCCCAACGCUAUGCAUAUGCUUACCAAGAGCCAAUGCCUGUUGAGCAGUUGGUUCAAUCUCUUUGUGAUACUAAGCAAGGUUACACACAAUUUGGUGGUCUUCGUCCAUUUGGAGUCUCAUUCCUCUUUGCUGGUUGGGACAAGAAUUUUGGCUUUCAACUUUACACAAGUGACCCCAGUGGAAAUUAUGGUGGUUGGAAAGCUGCAGCUAUUGGUGCCAACAACCAGGCAGCUCAGUCAAUUCUGAAACAGGACUACAAGGAUGAUAUCACAAGGGAAGAAGCAGUUCAACUUGCACUUAAGGUACUAAGUAAAACUAUGGACAGCACAAGUCUUACCUCGGAAAAGCUUGAACUUGCAGAGGUUUUUCUGUCACCUGCUGGAAAAGUCAAGUAUCAAGUUUGCUCCCCAGAAAACCUGACUAAGCUGUUGGUGAAGUUUGGGGUGACCCAACCGGCAACAGACACUGCUUAGCUUCUUGUUUAAUGUCAUAUGUGGUUUAGUUAUGCCUAUGCAAUGCAUUUGAACGUUCUUCCUUUCAUAAUAGACGCCAGAAAGUGUCCCAAAUUUAUUUCAAAGUUCAAACUUUAAGCAUUGUGUAUCUUGGUGUAUGCUAAUUGGUUUUUAGUUCGCAUUUAUUUUAAUUUCCAGGACUUAGAUCUAUGAUAUUUGCAUCCGUUCAUUGCUCUUA